AUGGCAAAGGGCAACUGCACCAGGAUGACAGAAUUUCUUCUCUUAGGAUUUACGGAUGACCCAGAGUUGCAGCCUAUCCUGUUCGUGGUGCUUUCUAUGAUCUACUGCAUAACCUUAGUGGGGAAUCUCAGCAUGGUGGUGUUAAUUUGGAUCGAUUCUCGCCUUCACUCCCCAAUGUACUUUUUCCUCGGUAACUUAUCCCUCAUGGACACCUGCUGUUCCUCCUCCAUCAUCCCCAAGAUGUUGCUCAAUUUUGUAGCAGGAAAGAAAGGCAUUUCUUUCUCUGGAUGCAUAACACAGUUGUUCUGCUUUGGUGUUUCUGCCACUGUAGAGUGCUUCCUUCUUGCAGUAAUGGCAUAUGACCGAUACAUUGCGAUAUGUAACCCUUUGCUUUAUAGAGCUGUUAUAUCUACCAGGGUCUGUAUGCAGUUAGUGAUUGCAUCAUAUAUUGGUGGCUUCUUCCAUGGCAUUUUGCAUAUGAUUGGUAUACUUAGAUUAUCUUUCUACAGGUCCAAUGUAAUUAGUCAUUUCUUUUGUGACCUCCCACCACUGUUACAACUCUCCUGCACUGACACUUUUGUAAAUGAACUGAUAAUUUUUAUAGUCUCUGGCCCAAUUCAGAUCUUCACUUUUCUGAUUGUCUUGCUGUCUUAUGUUUACAUCCUGUCCACCAUUUUGCAAAUGAAUUCAGCAGAGGGGAGACGCAAAGCCUUCUCCACCUGCACCUCCCACCUGCUCUCUGUCUCCUUAUUCUAUGGUUCACUGUUUGUGUACAUACAACCACAUUCCAGCUACUCCCUGGAUCACAAUAUGUUGGACUCUUUGUGCUAUACGAUCUUCAUUCCCAUGCUGAAUCCUUUGAUUUACAGCUUGAGAAACAAAGAGGUGAAAGAGGCCAUGAGAAAAGCAAUAGAGAGAGAAAUAUUUUUCCAGUGA